AUUGUUAAGAACCAUGAUUGUAACUGCAAGGAAUUAAAGGAAGAGCUUAGUUCACUCAUAAGCAAAAACGAAAAUCUUCAGAGACAUAACGCUAACUUAGAGAACAAUUUGUCUUCCUUACUCAAAACUGCAAGAGCUGAAAUUAUACGGAAGGACAAGACAAUAGAUGAUCUGAGAAAACGAUUGGACGAUAUAACCUUCAGAAGGAGCCACAACUAUAAAUCUCGAGAUUUUUCUAUUCAUAAGUUACCAUAUCGACAUAAUAUAACUAAGAAGUAUGAAGAUACUUCCUCUAUACAUUUACAAGAAAGUGAAACCGAAGAAACUGAAUCUUAUCAAAUUCAAUUCUGUCACGACGAAUAUAAAAGUAAAAAACCACAGAACAAAGUUCAUCGGAUGCCUACCGUAUUUGGGGAAAGAUUGUAUAAGAGAAUUAUAGAAGAUAAAAAAGAAGAGGAAAAUCAGACAGAAUUAAUAAAUUUGCUUGCUGCAAAUAUUAAAACAAAGGAUAUUUCUAAGGAAAAUAUUAUUGAAAAUGAUAAGAAGGCUGGAUCUCCAUUUGGUAUGAAUAACAACGACAAUGACUCUAAUAUCGGACGAUGUUCUAGUUCAGAACCUUCGUACAGAAAGAAUUUGAUGAAAAGGACGAAUGAAGAAGACAAUACAAGUAGACACAAGCGUAUAAAAAUUGAAAAAAAUGAAGAGGAAACCAUAACCAAAGAAACAAAUUACAAUUAUCUUACGCAGUAUGAUCUAACAGACAAUUUUACGCAAUAUGAUAUGAAAGAUAAUCUCAAAUUUGAAGAUCAAUUGGAUGUAGUGCAUUCUUUUAAAAAAGAAGAAGUUUCAGUAUGCGAUGAACGUAGAGCUGCUUCAGAAUAUCGAGACACCAAAGAGAAUCGAAGUUGUACAAACGGACGGAGAAGCGAGACUAGAAGUAAAUCAGCAAAAGAUCAUGACAGUUCGUACAUCAAAAAUAGUCACGCCCAUAGUUUACGAAAUUUUCGGACUUCAGCUUCACACACAACUCGUGUCUCAGAAAGAUUUGACAGUGAUUACAGGAAAAAUGGGCACAGGUAUAGUCCGCCAAGAAGAAGAAGCUACUCUAGAAGCAGGAGUGAUUACGAGAGUUCGAGCAGUCAUCGUUUACGUGAAAAAUCCAGUAGAACAUAUAGAGAAGCAAAGUAUGAUAAUUAUAAAUAUGAUAGUCGAUAUAGAUAUGACAGAUUAAAAAGGAACUGCGGGAAUGAAGAAGAUGAUAGGAAAACGAGAUAUAGGCGUGAAAAA